UAACAACUUCACAGGAGUGAUCCCAUGGAAUUCAGGUAUGUUGGACCUCAAGCUUCUUUCAUUGUCUAAUAACAAUUUGACAAGGGUAACGCCAAUUCAUCUGUUUCUCGCCGCAGGCUUAACAGGUUUGGUCUACUUGGAUCUCAGCAGCAAUUCACUAUCGGGUGCAAUACCAUCAGAAUUGGGCGGGCUCACAUUAUUACAGUAUUUCAAUGCCUCACACAAUAAUCUCUCAGGCGAAAUCCCAUCAGCAUUAGAUCACAUGUUUACUCUAAGUAGCUAUGACUUUUCAUAUAACAAAUUGACAGGGCCAUUCCCAACUUGUGGCAUUUUCAAUAAUGCGCCAAAAAGUGCUUUUGUUGGUAACCAUGGCUUGGGGAGUCAUGCAGAGGGACUAACUGAAUGUGAAUCCUCCAGUACAAAUUCCAAAAGUGCUAACAAGAAUAUAGUACCUGUUUUCCUUUUUUCCUUAUUAGGUUUCGCAACUGUUGCAAUUGCCAUUGCUUUCUUUCUUAUGUUUCACAAGAGGUCCAAAAUCCGGCCUCAGGUAAUAAAAACUUCUCAAAACUUUGAGGAUUAUGAGUCAAUGAUAUUGCAAGAAGAAGUGAAAUUCACAUUUCGGGAAGCUGUCAAGGCCAUAGACGACUUUCAUGAGAAACACUGCAUUGGGAGAGGCGGAUUUGGAAGAGUAUACAAGGCAGAGCUCGAAUCAGGUCAAGUUGUUGCAGUGAAGAGGCUUAACACGAAUGACUCUAAUGACAUUCCAGCAAUUAAUCUCCAAAGUUUUGAGAAUGAAAUCCGAACUUUGACAACUAUCCGGCAUCGCAACAUCAUAAGGCUAUACGGCUUCUCUUCAAGGAGGGGUUGCAUAUUCUUGCUUUACGAAUACUUAGAGAGAGGCAGCCUCGGAAAAGCAUUGUAUGGGGUAGAAGGGGUUACUGAACUUGGGUGGCCAACAAGGGUAAAAAUUGUGCAAGGACUUGCUCAUGAACUUUCUUACCUGCACCAUGAUUGUUCACCACCAAUUGUUCAUCGUGAUGUAACUGUCAAUAAUGUAUUGCUCGAGCAAGAUUUCGAGCCCCGACUCUCAGAUUUUGGAACAUCAAGACAGUUGAGUAUUGAUUCAUCCAACUGGACCAACAUUGUUGGUUCGUUAGGAUACAUGGCGUCAGAGCUUGCAUAUAUUAUGCAGGUGACGGAUAAGUGUGAUGUUUUUAGCUUUGGAGUGGUGGCACUAGAAGUCAUGAUGGGAAGGCACCCCGGGGAUAUGCUAGAGUCCCAACUAUCAGCAUCACCAACGUCAACGAAUGAAAAUGCUGAGUUGCUUUUGAAAGAUGUGUUAGAUCAACGACUAGAGCCUCCAGCCAAUGAAUUGGCAAAGGCAGUGGUGCUUGUAAUGAGUAUAGCAUUGGCUUGUAUACGGACGCGUCCUGGGUUGCGUCCGACAAUGCAUUUUGUGUCACAGAAACUAUCAGCUCAUAGUCUUCCUUGCCUUCCCGAGCCAUUUGGUAUGCUUACCAUCAAGAAGCUAUCGGCCCUAUAAAACUAGGAGAAAUAUGUAGCUCCAACUUCAGAUUAGAAUUCUUGCUACGAGCAGUCUAUCAAAUAAGGAGAUGUUGUGGAAUUUUAUUUUAUUAUUUUUAUUUUUAAUGUUUACAAUGAACUUCAUAAACAUGUAUUUGAUAUCUGCACACCCUGAUUACUAGAGUGUUGCAAAUUGUGUGGUUGAAAAAUAUGGUGUUUAGCUC